AUGGCGGCGCCCACAUACUCCGGCACCCUCGCUGCCCAGCGAUCCACCGUCAACGGAGUUUCCACCCGCCGCCGCAAGACCGAGCAAGUUGUACCAACAUCAACAGCUCCAGCUCCGACCGAACCCGCUUCCAACGGCCAUGCACGACACGAAGAUGUCAAACCGGGCCGCACGCGCAAGAAGCCGCGCUCACUCCUGCGACGGCUGAAAAGGCGCGCUAUCAAGCAUACCUGGUCCAUCCCCCUCCUGCUCCUAGUCGCAUUCGCCUCGCUCUACGCCCUCGACCCGACCGAGUCCAACAUAAUCCACCACUUCAUCUUCCUCUCCUACCGCCAGGACCCGGCCACAGGGUCGAGCGCACCGGCCCAAUACGGCAAGGGCCUGUGGGACAUCGCCUUCGUAUCCUUCUACACGAUCGUAUUAACCUUCACCCGGGAAUUCAUCAUGCAAGAACUCCUGGACCCGCUCGCGCGCGCCUCGGGCAUCAAAUCCCGCGGUAAACAGCUGCGCUUCAUGGAGCAGAUGUACACGGCGAUAUACUUUGGCAUCUCUGGACCGGUCGGACUAUAUGUUAUGCGGCAGACGCCGGUGUGGUAUUUUAAUACCAGGGGCAUGUAUGAGUUAUUCCCGCAUCUGACGCAUGAGGCGGCGUUUAAGUUUUAUUAUCUGUUUGAGGCGGCGUAUUGGGCGCAGCAGGCGCUUGUGAUGGUUUUGGGGAUGGAGAAGCCUAGGAAGGAUUUUAGGGAGCUUGUUGCGCAUCAUAUUGUUACUUUGGCGUUGAUUGGGCUGAGUUAUCGGUUCCAUUUUACGUAUAUUGGUAUUGCUGUGUAUAUCACGCAUGAUAUCAGUGAUUUCUUCCUUGCGGUCUCCAAAUCCUUCCACUAUAUCGACUCUGAACUCGUCAUCCCCUUCUACGCCCUCAACGUCGGUACAUGGAUCUAUCUGCGUCACUACCUGAACCUCCGCAUCCUCUGGUCGCUACUAACCGAGUUCCGCACCGUUGGUCCUUACGAGCUGAACUGGGAGACGCAGCAGUAUAAAUGCUGGAUCUCGAAUAUCAUCACCUUCGCUUUGCUGGCGAUGCUGCAGAGUCUCAAUCUCUUCUGGCUGUAUUGUCUGCUGCGCAGUGCGUGGAAGUUUAUUUCCACGGGCGAGAAGAAGGAUGAUCGGUCGGAGGAUGAGUCGGAUGGAGAGGAGGUUGGGUGUAGUCAGAAUGGAGUUGUUAAGGGGAAUGGGGUGGCUAAGGGUCACUAG